AUGGAGGUCGACUCCGCUCCUCAGCCUGGGCUCCCAUCCCAUGGCAGUAGUGUUGUUAACGAAGAAGAGAGAUGGAAGUAUUUGGAACAAAUCCGCCGUAACCCCGGUCCAUACACCGACCCCGAUGCCGUCAGUCAGGAGGCGAUUGAUCAGUUCGACCAGAUGAAGAUAUUAGUCAUAGGCGCCGGUGGUCUUGGCUGCGAAAUCCUCAAAGACCUAGCUCUAUCGAAGUUCAAGGAUAUUCAUGUAAUCGAUAUGGACACAAUCGACAUAUCCAACCUCAACCGACAGUUUCUCUUCCGACAAGCCGACGUAGGCAAGUUCAAGGCCGAGAUCGCCGCGAAUUUCGUCAUGAGAAGGGUCAAGGGCGUCCAAAUAACAGCGCAUAACUGCAAGAUCCAGGACAAGGAUGACGAUUUCUAUAAGCAAUUUCAGAUGGUGAUUUGUGGCCUGGACAAUAUUGAGGCUCGGAGGUGGAUAAAUGCGAAGUUGGUCGCGCUUGCCGAAGAGGGAGACGGUCCCGACUGCAUCAAGCCCAUGAUCGAUGGGGGAACCGAGGGUUUCAAGGGCCAAGCGCGAGUAAUCAUACCAAGUAUGACCUCUUGCUUCGAGUGCCAACUAGAUAUGCAUGCGCCAAGGGCAGCGGUGCCUCUGUGCACCCUUGCCUCCAUUCCACGACAGCCAGAGCACUGCGUUGAAUGGGCCCAUCUUAUCGCCUGGGAGGAAGAAAAGCCGUUCCCGGAGCUCGACAAAGACGAUCCCGAACAUGUGACCUGGAUUUAUCAGAAAGCCCUGCAGCGCGCCAGGGAGUUCAACAUUUCCGGCAUCACCUAUUCCUUCACUCAAGGUGUCAUCAAGAACAUCAUCCCCGCCAUUGCAUCCACCAAUGCCAUCAUCGCCGCCGCCUGCUGUAAUGAAGCCUUCAAGCUGGCUACUGGCGCCGCCCCCGCGUUAGGGAUGGAGAAUAACUACAUGAUGUACUCGGGAGACGACUCUAUCUACACUUACACCUUCAACCACGAGAGGAAGGACGAUUGCCCAGUGUGCAACUCAGCAUCACGCCCUCUCGAAGUAGACCCGGACAUGUUGCUUGGCGAUCUCGUGGAAUCUUUCGCGAUGAGACCUGAGGCUCAGUUGAAGAAGCCCUCGUUAAGAGUGCAAGGGAAGACCCUUUAUAUGCAGUCCCCACCAAGCUUGGAGCAACAGACUCGGCCCAACCUCAACCGGUCCCUCAAGGACCUUGGUAUCGAAGAUGGUCAGGAAGUGGUCGUCACGGACCCCGCCUUCGCGGUGGAAUUCAACUAUUAUUUCAAAUUCAAGGCGACAUAG